AUGCGCCGAGUGGCCGUUUUAGCCACCGGAUUGUUCUUUUUAGUCCUUGCUCAGAGCGAACUGCAGAAUUCGAACGUGCUUGCAUUUGGCAGUUGUGCAAAACAGUACAAGUCACAGGAGUUUUGGGACACAAUUUUGAAUGUUUCCCCUAGAGGAUGGUUGUGGCUUGGAGACGCCAUUUAUGCAAGUGAGAUUCAGUUGUCAAUUUUUAUUGAUUGCACUUCAGAUUGCAGCUCACCGAAAUGUAUCGAAGAAGGAUACAAGUCUCUAGAGUCGAACUCAGACUAUAAACGUUUCAAAGAACAGAUUCCCUUCAUUGAUGGGACUUGGGAUGAUCACGAUUACGGAGUCAACGAUGGGGGAAAGGAGUUUCAAUACAAGGCUGAGUCGCAAGGACUCUUCCUCGAUUUUCUCGAUAUCCCAAAGAAUUCGAUGAGAAGGACUCGCGAUGGUGUUUACUCGUCUCGUGCAUUUUCGAUCAGUGAUUCCCGCAGUCAAGUCAACUUGAUUUUGCUCGAUGUUCGCACUCAUCGGGAGCAACCUUUGAUCGAGAGUCUUGGACAAUAUUCUAACAUUCCAUUUUCGAGUGUCAUUGCUGCAGUCCUUCGGAUGUUAACGUCUUUGAUCGGGUACGAAUCCAUCGUCAGUUCAUUCUUUAGUUUAUAG